AUGCAAGCUGCGUCGAAUGCCAUUCAGAACACCAUGGGCGCCAUCCCAACGGAGGUGCAUCCCGAGUUCAAGGCCGUCCCUGGGAAGACUAUGAAGGCUCUCGCUUGGUUCGGUAGCCAAGACGUCCGCCUCAUCGACGCCCCAAUUCCCGACAUCACUGAACCUGACGAUGUCAUCCUUAAAGUUACUGGUACCACGAUCUGCGGCUCUGAUCUGCACCUAUAUCACGGGGAGAUUGCCUCUUUGCAGAAGGGUGACAUCUUAGGACACGAAUUUAUGGGCGUCGUCGACAAGGUCGGACCGAACGUCACCAACCUCAAGGUUGGCGACCGUGUCGUCGCAUCAUUCCAGAUUGCCUGCGGCGAAUGCGAGUACUGCAAGCAGAAGCUCUCUUCAUUCUGCGAUCGCACAAACCCGUCGACUCUCCAGAACGCCAUGUACGGACACCGUGAUGCAGGCUUCUUCGGUUAUUCGCAUUUCACCGGCGGAUUCGCCGGUGGUCAAGCUGAAUACGUUCGCGUCCCAAAAGGCAAUGUCAAUUUGCUGCCUAUUCCUGAAGGCAUCUCCGAUGAACAAGCCUUGUACCUAUCGGACGUGCUUUCCACGAGCUAUCACUGCGUCAUGGAUACUGGCAUUAAUGAAGGCGACACCGUUGGAGUCUGGGGUCUUGGUCCCAUCGGCCAAUGUGUAGCCAAAUGGGCCAAGCUCAAAGGUGCCACGCGUGUCAUCGGUAUUGACCGCGUUCCCGAGCGUCUUGCAUUUGCCGAGAAGGAGAGUGGUGUCGAGCCGCUCGACUUCUCCAAGCACACCGACAUUGUCAAGCGCCUCCAGGAAAUUUGCCCCGGCGGUCUCGACGUUGCGCUCGACUGCGGUACUUUCCACCAGCCAAAGAGUCUGCUGCAUAAGGUCGAGAAGACGCUCAUGCUCGAGACGGAUGUUCCCGAAAUCAUCAACGAGAUGAUCAUGAGCGUGAAGAAGGGCGGCCGCUGCGGUCUCAUCGCCGCGUACUCUGGAUACGCGAACCAUGUCAACGUUGGCGCGCUUAUGGAGAAAGGCGUGCGCCUUAUCGGCAAUGGUCAGGCUCCCGUGCACAAAUGGUGGAAAGAGAUCCUCGAGGAUUAUAUCAUGACGGGAAAAUUUGAUCCCACCUUCAUGAUUUCCCAUCGUGUUCCAAUCGAAGACUUCCCCGCUCUGUACAAGGCCUUUGAUAAACGCGAAUCUGGCGUCAUGAAGGUAUUUGUUGAGACUAAAUUUUCCAGUCCCCCCACUCCUGGCUGCCCGAAGACGUCCCGUGUUAACGACUGGGCAUAAAACGCAGGCAGCUUUCCUGGAUACUAGACUUGUACUUGAAUUAUGUUGUUUAAUACGCACGUUUCUCCGCUAUCGCCGUCCAUGCUGCUGCACAAUCCCGCCUCUUUAGCGCCAUAGGCGUCUACCAACUUUGUGGUAGCUUGAUGAUCUGAUCCGUUAUCUCGGAAGUC